UAUCAUCUCCUCAUUUAGCUAGGUAGCAAUAUCAAUGUUCGUCUGUGGCUCGGUUACUUUAUAAUAUUGAUGAUUCGGUGAUAUCCGCUCUGUUGUUGGUUGGUAAAAAACACACGGGCUAUCGUAAUGUUUGAGUCAGAGCCGCGGGCUGGGGUAACGGAGGAGGAGGAGAGGAGAGAGGCAGAGCAGCUCGAGACAGAGUUGGAUAAAUACUUCUUCACGGUGUUUGACGGCUCGUCUCCUGAAGAUGUGUCUCACGCCAAGCAGCUGUGGACCUCUUUGUCACUGCUGCCUCCGCUAGAGUCCCGCCUGGUCAACGCAGACAUCCGCCAGAGGCUGCCGAUAGCCCGGACAAACCACGAGACACUCCUGGUAGUCGACACCAAUGCUGCUCUCAAACCAUCUUCUUCUGACCAUAGAGAGAGGCUGCAGGAGGUUCGCCAUCAGAAGCAGAGACAGGAGGACAGGCUGCAGGAGGUUCGCCAUCAGAAGCAGAGACAGGAGGACAGACUGCAGGAGGUUCGCCAUCAGAAGCAGAGACAGGAGGACAGGCUGCAGGAGGUUCGCCAUCAGAAGCAGAGACAGGAAGAGAGACAGAGAUACAUGGCAAGACGGAGAGAGGACAUCAUCAACAUGCUACAUCAACAGAGACAGAAGAGGAUCCAGAGGGAAACAGUCUCGCUCCUCUACAAGCCUAGGCAGAGGGACAGGAGUGAGAGGCUGGCUCUUAACCCCCCAGGGCACCUGGACACAGACGUGGAGGAGGUCCGAAGGCUUCAGUAACACACAGACCUCGGCGUCAGAACAGAACCAUGCGGAUCCAUGUCUGCAGGAGUUGAUGUUUUAGUUCCAAUGACUUCCUGUUUUUAUAAAGUCUGUCUAUGAUUAACUGG